UGGAGUGAGAUAUGAGGUUGGGUUGGAGCAUUCUUUACUCCAUAAUCACUUUUACUCCAUUUUAGAGAAAAAAUAGAGUAGGGAUGGAGAUGCCCUAAGACGUUUUUAUUUUAUUUUAUUUUAUUUUCUUACUCCUUCUCUUGUUUAAGGAAGAAAGAAGGAGAAAAUAGACAAGCAGAAAAUCCAGAAGCUUCGAUUGCAAGAUUUAUUAUACAAAGCUUACUCUUAUAUUUCUCUUUUCGAGUCUGAUUUACAUGGAAACUCUCUGUUCUUUUGGUUAAUCUGAUUGGUUUCAGCGAUGAGUUCAUCUUAAUGGUAUACUUCUUUUUUUUUUUUUAUCAAAUGGUACACUUCUUAUCUUUUGAACUUCCAGAGAAAUUCCAAAAUUUUACUAUGUUUGUUCCGAGACUUUUUCUCUUCUACAGAACAAUAAAUGGGAGCAGCUGAAGCAAGAGCAUUGUGGCAAAGAACAGCAGCAGGUCGUUGCUUUGUUGUUCAUGAAGAUUCUAAAAUGGCUCCGAGGUUAGCUUCUUGUCAUCAUCAUCAACGUUCUUCUUCGGGCAACACUGAAAAAGACAGCUUUUCUUCUGGAAGUUUUGGAGAUUUCUCUUGCGAUACCAAAUGGUGGCUCAAGGGAUCGUCUGGAUUUGAUGAGGAGAUUUCAAACACCUUCUUUGAAGAUGAUACCAAAUGCAAGAAACUACAUGAAUUCGUCGACUUGAUUGGUAUAAGAGAACAAGAAGAGGUAGACUAUAGCUUUAUGAGCAAGAAAGAUAUAGCUGCAACAGCGUGGUGGAGAAGCUCUACGGAUAAAGACGAAUUAGCUCUCUUGGUGGCGUCUAGAUCCCUUGACUAUAAUAUUCAAAACUGUGAUCUUCCUCCUCCCCAGAAGCUCCACAAGAGGAUUCACUGCACCAGUGGCGAAAAAGGGUUUAAAACACUGGUGAAAUCGCCGUGUAAACAAGUUGCUUGGGGUGAUCCAUUUGAGAGAUCUCUGAGUAGAAGUGGUAGCACAGAGAGCAAGAACACGAGUCCAAAGUCUUCUCUUAUGAGUGAUGAUCUUAGCAAAGCUCAAAUUUUAGAAGCAUUAAGGCAUUCUCAAACGAGAGCUAGAGAAGCAGAGAAAGCGGCUAAAGAAGCUUGCGCUGAAAAAGAAGGUGUGAUGUCAAUCUUUUUGAGACAAGCGAGUCAGUUGUUGGCUUAUAAGCAAUGGGUAAAUCUUCUUGAAAUGGAAGCUAACUAUCGGCAGAUGAAGGAGGGGAAGGAAGAAGAACCAGGGCAGAUCAAAGGAGUGAAUCUGAAGAAGAGGAAGCAGAGAAGGAAGAAGAUUAAAAUGGUUGAGAUUGGUAGAAGAUAUAUGAUGGCUUUUGCUUUAGGGUUUAGUCUCAUUGGUGCUGGUCUGUUCUUAGGUUGGACUGUUGGAUGGUUGUUUCCCUUCUAGAAUCUUCAAAAUGUAUUUUCUUUUAUCACUAAUAUUUACAAGAGUUAGAACUUUCACUCUGCCUCUAAAAUUGUGUGCAUGUCUUGUUGUCUUCAUGUAUAGAUGUGUUGAUAUUUCCUAUUUGGAAGGUUAUUUUGGUUAGAUC